UCGCUCUGAUGGUUGGAGGCGAUCGACGCUGACUAUUGCGGUGAUCAAGCAGCGCCCCAUCGUCAAGUUCAUCUUUUGGUUGGAUUUGCUGCGCUUGCCUCUGUCUCCAGUUUGUUACUGCUUUUUCAAUAUCUCCCGAAUACAAGCAAUCAAUUGAAAAGAUGGCGGAAGAAGCUCGUGGUAUUUGUGUGAGGGAUGUCAAGGCACCCGCUUUUAUCGAGGCGUAUGCUGAGCACUUGAAGAACUCGGACAAAUUCGAUUUGCCCGUGUGGUCUGACACUGUAAAGACCGCCGUCUUCAAGGAAUUGGCUCCCUAUGGCGACGACUGGUACUACAUCCGAGCGGCGUCCAUUGCAAGGAAAAUCUACCUCCGACCGGGCUUGGGAGUUGGUCAACUUCAAAAGUGGUACGGAGGCACUUACCGUCGUGGGGCCCGAACCGAGCACUUCCGAAAGGCGUCUUCUGGUGUCAUCCGAUCGGUAUUGCUGCAGCUAGAAGGUAUGAAGGUCGUUGAAAAGCUUCCCAACGGAGGACGCCGUGUUACCGUCGUUGGACAACAAGAUUUGGAUCGUAUUGCUGGAACUGUUAUCAGUGCUGCCGAAGAGGAUGACGAGUAAACUACUAGAAAUUUAGUCAUUAAAGGCUCGGUUGUUUCAUUGC